AUGGUGCUCACAUUGUGGUCUUUACGUCCACGCUACACCCAAUCACCUGACCUACGUAAAGAAUAUGGUUCUAUUUCAAGCCUUUGCACAUUCAAGAUAAAUCAUGGGGGUUCGUUCACAAAUACGGUAUCUGGAAGGUCAUACAUAGAUGGACUUGUGGAUCACUUUGAUUCUGUGGACAUGGAUGUGUUUUCAGUCCACGAGUUAGAUGAUAUGAUGGCAGUGUUAGGGUACAAUGAUGGAGGUAUAAUGUUUUACCAUUUCAUGAUCCCAAAGACAGACUUGGAUAGUGGAUUGUUACCCCUUGGCACUGAUCAUGAAGUCAUUCAGCUAGCAAGGAGGGUACAGUUUGAGGAUAACCAUGAUAAAAAAGAUGUUGACACAGGGGAUGAGCACCAACCAAAAAGUGAUGUUGAUCCAGUAGAUAUUAUGAGUAAGGAAAGUGUUAGUGAGGGUCCCUGGAGUGAGGGUAGUAGGAGUGAGGAUAAUAUGACAUAUGAUGAGAGUGAGGACGAAGAAUUCUUUGUGGAUUUAGAAAAUACUGUAGAUCAUGUGGAUGUUGAUAUGAAAGAAUUUCAUAUACAUGUUGAUGAAGAUGUUGAGUGGGUUCAAAAAAACACCAAAGAAGCAAGUGGUAGUGGUGUUGACUUUACUGAAGGUGAAGAAUUGGAGGUCAUAGACCCAAAAUCAUUUGAGUCACCUAUUGUAGAUGAAGAUAACAACAAAGAGAGGAUGUUGAGAGACAUAAGAAAGGAAAAAAGUUGUUAUGAGGGUGUAGUUCAUCAAAAGGCUUUCACAUUAAGACAUAAGUUCAAAACAAAGAAAGAUGUGAAAGAAUAUAUAAACAAACAUGCAGUAGAAACCAAAAGGGAUUUACAUUUUGAAAAAAAUGACAAAACAAGGAUUAGAGCUAAGUGUAGAGGAGUGGUCCCAAAUAUGAGUGGUGGCCCAUGGACAAAGUCAAGGGCUGGAAUCAAGGACAAAAUAGUAAAUAUGAAAGAGGGUAAAUGUCCUUAG